AUGGACUACGAGGGCUUGAAGGACCAAUGGAGCGAUGUCGAGGAUCGCGAUGGAAUCAGGCUGAGCUGGAACACAUUUCCAAGCUCCCGAAUGGUAAGCCCUGUGCGAGAUGUGUCUGUCCCUGUGCCGGUAUUGAGCUGUCAACAGGAAGCGUCCCGACUCGUCGUCCCUAUCGGUGCCGUCUACACCCCUUUAAAGGAGAGACCAGAUGCCCCCCUCCUGCAAUAUGAGCCAGUGACUUGCAAGGCGCCCUGUCGGGCGGUUCUGAACCCUUAUGCGAACGUCGACGUGCGCGCCCGCAUCUGGAUAUGCCCUUUCUGUCUCAUGAGAAACCCACUUCCGCCACACUACAAGGAUAUCACAGAGAGUACGAUACCUCCGGAGCUUCAUCCCCUGAGCACAACAAUUGAAUAUCAACUCGCUCGUCCCGCUCCCGCUCCUCCGAUCUUCGUGUUCGUCGUCGACACCUGCCAGGAAGAUGAUAGCCUGAAGGCUGUGAAGGACUCAUUGAUCUUGAGCUUGUCUCUGCUACCACCGAAUGCCCUUGUCGGCUUGGUCACAUUUGGCACCAUGGCACAAGUGCACGAACUUGGGUACACUGAAUGUGCCAAAUCAUAUGUUUUCCGCGGUAGCAAGGACUACAACGCAAAGCAAGUCCAGGAAAUGCUCGGCCUCAGUUCUGGAAUCCGCCCUAAUAUGCCAAAUAUGCCACAGCAGCCCGUCCGCCCGCCACUUGGCGCUGCCGCACGAUUCCUGUUACCCGUACAGCAAGCCGAGUUCCAGAUCACGAAUAUGCUUGAGCAGCUGCAGCGCGAUCCCUGGCCUGUGGCGAACGACAAGCGUCCCUUGAGGUGCACCGGUGUGGCUCUCAGCGUUGCCGUUGGGUUGCUUGAAUCCUCCUUCCAGAAUGCCGGAGCGCGUAUCAUGAUGUUCACAAGCGGCCCUGCUACUGAGGGUCCUGGUCUUGUUGUGAGCCCUGAAUUGAAGGAACCCAUCCGCUCACACCACGACAUUGACCGCGACAACAUCAAAUACUACAAGAAGGCAAUGAAGUUCUAUGAUGCCCUGGCCAAGCGCGUUGCGAACAAUGGCCACGUGGUCGAUGUUUUCGCCGGCUGCCUCGACCAAGUUGGUCUUUUGGAAAUGAAGAACCUCGCUAAUUACACUGGAGGUCAUAUGCUCCUCACUGAUAGUUUCACCUCAUCACAGUUCAAGCAAUCCUUUGUCCGAGUGUUCGACAAGGAUGCCAACGACAACCUCCUGAUGGGCUUUAAUGCGUCUCUUGAAGUUCUCACUACCAAGGAGCUCAAAGUUACUGGUCUUAUUGGCCAUGCUGUCUCUUUGAACAAGAAAUCCAGCUCUGUGGGUGAGACAGAAUGCGGUAUUGGCAACACCUGCGCCUGGAAGAUGUGCGGUAUCGAUCCAUCUUCAAGCUAUGGUAUUUACUUCGAAAUCGCAAACCAGGGUGGGCCGGCAGCCGUACAACAAGGGCCUCAGAGGGGUAUGAUGCAGUUCUUGACCUACUACCAGCACUCGUCCGGAAACUUCCACCUUCGCGUCACCACCGUUGCACGAAACCUGAGCGGUCCCGCUGGCGAUCCCACUCUUGCACAGUCCUUCGAUCAGGAAGCCGCCGCCGUGCUUAUGGCCCGUAUCGGUGUCUUCAAAGCCGAAGUUGAUGAUGGCCCGGAUGUCCUCAGAUGGGUCGAUAGAAUGCUCAUCCGACUCUGCUCACGCUUCGCAGACUACCGCAAGGACGACCCUACGUCAUUCCGACUCGAGAAGAACUUUACACUCUACCCCCAGUUCAUGUUCCACCUCCGGCGAAGUCAGUUCUUGCAGGUCUUUAACAACUCUCCCGACGAGACUGCUUUCUAUCGACAUGUCCUCAACCACGAAGAUGUUGGCGACUCCCUUGUUAUGAUCCAGCCAACACUGGAUUCAUACUCACUAGAGCAUGAAGGAAGCCUACCAGUCUUGCUGGAUUCGGCCUCCAUUCAACCCGCUCACAUUCUUUUGCUUGACACCUUCUUCCAUAUCCUGAUCUUCCACGGUGAAACUAUUGCCGAAUGGAGAAAGGCAGGCUACCAGGACCAGGAAGGCUAUGAGAACCUAAAGGCCCUUCUUGACCUUCCCAAGGAAGAUGCGAGGGAACUUAUUUCCGAACGUUUCCCGCUGCCCCGAUUCAUCGUUUGCGAUGCCGGUGGUUCGCAAGCGCGUUUCCUGUUGUCUAAGCUCAACCCGUCCACGACGCACACGACAGGAGGGUACGGUGGCGGUGUGUCAUCGCAGACCAUCUUUACUGACGACGUCUCUCUGCAAACUUUCAUGGAUCAUCUCAUGAAUUAA